AUGCACACCACUCGCAAGCAUACCAGCAUCACACACUACGGCCUAGACACGGAGAUGGGCCGCCGCACCGGAGCCAGCCUCGUCCGUGCCCUGCUGUUCGCGUCGCUCUUCGCCGGGUUCGCGGCGCAUCUCGCCGCGGGGGAGAAGGACUGCUACGACGAGAGGGACAGGAUCGUGAGCAUCUGCAUCAAGAGCAUCAAGAAGGAGGGCUUCUACACGCCCCCGAGCCAGGCCUGCAAAAACGAGGUGAAGAAGGUCGACAUGCCCUGCAUCUGCCGCGUCCUCACCGCCUCCGACGAGCGUACCGUCAGCCCCGUGAAGCUCGUCCACCUCGCCCACGACUGCAAAAUCAAACUCACCGUCGGGAGCAAAUGCGGAACUUACACCGUGGCGCCAGUACCACCACCCGCGCACGCGUGAGGAGCUUCGAUCAUGGGGAUCGCGCGAGAGGAAGGCCGCUGAAGAAAACUGAGAUCAUGGCAUGCAGAAUAACUAAAUAAAGUGCGCGCGUACGUGCCUGUAUGCUGAGCUAUAUAGUGACUAUCAUCAUCGUCGUAGAAUGUAAUCUGCCAUGGCAUGUUCCCCUCAGAGAUCCCAAUAAUAAUUAAUAAUAGUAAGAAUAAAAGCCUUCUGUCUAGAAUGCUACA